CAGAGGAAAACAAAACGGAGGACAAACGCGACAGCAACUUUCUCAUAAGAGUACUCAGGAACAUCGUAGUGGUGAUUACGAAGCGGGAACUACGUACUCGCUCACUGGCCGUUUUCUUCUGCUGGUUUGGGGUGUCCAUGGUGUACUAUGGGACGGCCCUCGGCGCAACCAACCUCGGUGUUGACAUCUACACGUACAUGUUCCUCUCUGGUUUACUGGAAAUCCCUGCUUACCUGCUACUAUGGCCGUCAAUUGAAAGGCUAGGUCGCCAAAGGACGUUGGUGUUGCUGUUUUUCAUCUGCACUAUUAGCAUUUCGUCUGUUGCGCUCAUCAUGUUCUAUUUCCCGAAUGCACCCUCAGGCCUCAAAAUAUUCUUCUCGCAAAGUGGCAAGUUGUGUGUGACAGCCGCCUUCCAUCUGACGUGGAUCUACACUGCCGAAAUGUUCCCUACAAGAUAUAGGUCUCUGGCAGUCGGGGAAGGUAGCUGUGUAGCGCGCAUGGGCAGUAUUUGUUCGCCUUAUAUUAUUGACAUAUUGGGCGAAGUGUCUGCCUGGGCGCCGUCUGCUGUCUUCGCUCUGAUCUCUCUCGUGGCCUCCGUCCUCGCUCUCCUGCUGCCGGAGACUCGAAACCGCGCCAUGUUGGAGACUGGGAGCUCACACGGAGAGACAUCGGACCCAAGGAUAGAUACCUCUUCUGAGAGAUCUGAAGCCUGAAUAUUGUUUUCUUGUGGAGGAUCUCCGGUGGGGGGGGGGGGGAUUAUGUUUAGGGAGAAAGAUAUAUUUUCUUCUUUCUCUUUGAUACAUAUAUGUUGAAGAGGGUGAGGUAACGUGGGGUUCUUACCUUUAAGAAGAGGUGCAGGAGCCGAAGCCCGUCCUGGAGGCAAGGUGAAGGCUGAAUUCGGGUCGAGGUCAUGGGAG